AGGAAGGAACGGCAACUAAACUCUCAGGUAAGGACGUAACGAUGCCCGAUGUACCUUCCAUUUGCUUUAUUGAGUUCCCAUUAUGCCCCAAAUUUUGACCAUGGUCAUGCCUAUGUGUGCAGUUUUAGAGAAAGUUUCUACAAGAUUGCUGAUUUUAAAUGGCGUACUUGAAAACACGAGAUGGCCUGCCCCAGAAAAUUAAUAAUUUCCAUGUUGACCAUGACAAUUUUAAUUUUGUACGUUACUGGCUCAGUCGCAGGUACAUUUUGUAGUUUUAUAGAAGCACAAAUGAAAAACGAUAGAAAAUGAUCAGCUUUCGACCUACAUAAGUGGAAAACGAGAUUAUAUAUAUAUAUACAAUGCCACACCGUCUUAGUUUUAUGGAUGACAUCCCCUGGAGACCCCCAAAACUAUUAAAUGCGCGCGGGCGAAAAGAUAAAAUCCCAGCAAAAAUAAAAAGUGCUGAUAAACCACAGGACUAAACAUCCAGACCAUUCUUUUCCAGGCUUGGUUUGUUAUGUGUUCACCUCCAGUAAGACUGUAAGAGACAAUCGUCGCCAUUUCAAUCAUGUUUGUACUGCUAUUCUUGUUCAAAGAGGGAACAAAGGCGCUGUGGCCCCAUGCCCUGACCACAAAGACCAUGUGCUACCCUACCCUAGAGAGCAGGUCCUCCGGUUGACAUGAAAUUCUGAUUGAUAUAGGGUGACAUGUGGCCAGUUUUUUUGUAAAACAGGCGAAAAUCAAUGCGCGCGAGGGUGUCAUCCAUAAAAUUAAGUCAGUGUGGCCCUACCUUAUUUAUGAUCAGGCAGUUGAUAUGUACUCAGCCUGAGUCUAUCCGUCAACAUACCCGCCAUUUGUACACAAAAGCUAAUGCUUUUAACCGAACAUUUGGUAAAUAGACUCUAGGAGGCGAAGCGAAUCCCGUUUGUUGCACACUGUUAUCCUUUUACUGCGCCCAGCUAUGGUGUACAAAGGGAGAACAGGGCGUUGUAGAGACUCAAGGUGCACUCUCACCGCACUUGCGUCAAGCUUGCGUCACUGCGGGGUUCGUUGACUGCGUCACUGUUUUGUUAUUUUCUCCGAUUUUUUUUUUUUAAUUUGGAUUUUGCGUAAUACGUAAAAGUAUGACUUGGAAGACGACAAAAUACACAAAAAGUAAGAAAAUUCGUUCUUUAUGUCUGAAAUUCGUUGCAUAUCUCUCGUUGCGUAUCUGUGUGAACCAUCUUAAGUUCUUUAUCAUGUUCACAGCCACUUAACGUUUGGGGCUGAUCGAAUUUAUUCAAACACACGAGCGACACCUAGCUGCAGUGCGAAGUGUAACUUUCUUCCCUAAGGAUGGUGACUGGCGGUCACCGAAUCGUCUACUCAUGAAACUACUGAAAGUGGAAGUCAAUAAUUAAAGACUUUGUUGUAUAAGGUAUAAAGGUAUCAAGAGGACCUGAAAAGUAUGGACUCUACAAAGCUCCUUGAGCUAAGCCCGGUCGUGUUGCAACCUGGUACAAGACCGUCAGGGUUUCAAACAGGAACUGAACAGUGUCCGGUAUGCAUCAGGAACAUGGAGGCGCAAGAUGUCGAGUUCGUCGCUCGAGUAGUCGCAGAAGGCUUUUUUUAUUCACUUGAACAUGUGGUUGGUAAGAGCCGAGUGGAAGACUUCAUCCUGCUCAACAUCAGCUGGCUGAGCCGAUCAGCGCACCUGUGGAACACCAUUUACGUGGCUCUGUACGAGGGCAGGCUGGCCGGAGCAGUGAUGAUCAAAUUCCAGGGCGACAAGUUAGUUUCUUCUACUACUGUUUCGUUUACAAGAUUCCAAAAUAUUCUGUUCUCUUUUCUGUUAUAGAUCGUUUUCACAGAACGUUCGAAAACCGCUUCGCCACGCGUGGACGCCAUGUUGGAUGAUAACCUGGAUGACUAGAACACAGAACGGUGCUAUCAAAGUUACUUGCGGCGGGUUCAAGUGUGCUGUCUUGUCUCCGUACUGUGAAUGAUAUAGUGAUGUAGCCAAGGCUAGAUAUCAGGACAAAGUUGCAAUAAUAGGUCUUGAUCCAUGUGCUUUAAGAGAAAAGGCAUUCGACGAUCUAACGCUCUUGCCGAUGGUUGAAUACCCGGACAUCUGUUACCGCUACCCUGGGCGACUAUAUAACGUUAUGUACACUCCUAUCAUAUAGGCUGCGCACGGAGGACUAGACUAGUUACAGCCCUAUACAGCGGAGUUUGCGUUACACAGUCUACCCCAGUAUCCAGCUGCCCUCACUAUCCACUUGCCUCACAAGGGGCAAGAUUUGGCGCUUCUCCAACUCUGACUCCGUGUGAAUUGUUUUCUACUCCGGUCAAAACUGAGCUACGGCGUGUUUCAGCCAACU